AUGCGGACCACGCUCUUCACUGCAGCCUUGACCGGCCUUCUAUCAUCUACCGCUGCGCAGAGCACGACAACUCCAGGCUACGAUGAUUGCAACAAUACCAUCUCCAGCACUGUUCCGGCGAACAAGACUCUUUCGUUUGGUCAACACUAUGCAGUCCUAAACCUAGACUUGAUCAACGCCCUCGUCAGCUCCGUCGCCACCACUUCUGAAGGCGAAAGCUUCAUUUCCAACACCGCGGACUGGAUCAAUGCCGUGCAUGCUCAAACCCCUGCACCCCUCUCCAUCUUCACCAGGAUUUUCUUCUCGAAUAGCCACAAACCUGAGAUUGGCCCUGCUACACCUUUCGCACAAGUUGGUGGUGCGCUCGGGACAGCUUCCUCGAACAUGACAGCGAUCUAUCCAGCUUUCUAUGUGAACGAUACAGCUGGAGAUGUGGUCUUGCAGAAGACUCGAUAUUAUGCCGGUGCUGGUAAUGGGCUGGAGGAGAUUCUGCGAGCACAGCAGAUCGACACCGUCAUUCUUUCCGGUAUUCGAACGUCGGGCGUUAUCUUGAGUACAGCAUACCGCUUGUUUGAUCUGGACUACAAGGUUUACGUGAUCGCGAACAAUACCAUUGAGACACCUCCGAAUACGCCGGACAUCAACACCAACAUCCUCGAGGGUAUUCUGCCAAAGGUGCCAAUUGAUGUUAUCACGAUCGAGCAGGCGAUAGCAGCACUGAAGGUCAGCGGGCCGGCUGUCUAUUAA